AUGUCAAUCAUAACAUACGACCAGAACCACGACAUGGGCCACACUUUACAACGUUCCGACGAUGAACUCAUGUCGCUGUACGAGUCUUGGCUCGUGAAGCACGGAAAGGCGUACAAUGGCAUUGCCGAGAAGGAGAGGAGGUUCGAGAUUUUUAAGGAUAAUUUGAGGUUCAUUGAUGAGCACAAUUCCGUCGACCGGGAAUAUAAAGUCGGGCUGAACCGUUUCUCCGAUCUGACCAAUGAGGAAUACCGGUCCAUGUUUGUGGGUGGUAAGUUGAACAAGAAAACCCGAUUGAUGAACGGUGUGAAUAAUGACCGUUAUAAGUUUAAGGCCGGCGACAAGCUGCCGGAGUCCAUUGACUGGAGAGAGAAAGGCGCCGUUGCUCCGGUCAAGGAUCAAGGCCAAUGUGGGAGUUGUUGGGCUUUCUCGACUGUCGGUGCUGUUGAAGGGAUAAACAAGAUUGUAACUGGCGAACUAAUAUCUUUGUCGGAGCAAGAGCUUGUUGAUUGUGACAGGUCAUACAAUCAGGGAUGUAAUGGCGGUCUGAUGGACUAUGGUUUCGAGUUUAUCAAAAAGAAUGGUGGGAUUGAUACUGAGGAAGAUUACCCUUACCGAGCACGUGAUGGCACUUGCGAUCAAAAUCGGAAAAGUGCUCGGGUUGUUUCUAUUGAUGCUGGGGGCAGGGCUUUCCAACUCUACCAAUCGGGUGUCUUUACUGGACAUUGUGGAACAAAACUAGACCAUGGGGUUGUUGCUGUUGGAUACGGUACAGAGAACGGCCUUGAUUAUUGGAUCGUGAAAAAUUCAUGGGGUCCAAGUUGGGGAGAGAAGGGGUACAUCAGGCUCCAGCGCAAUGUGGCUAAUAUGAAAACAGGGAAGUGCGGGAUAGCAAUAGAGGCCUCGUACCCUCUCAAGAAUGGUCAGAACCCUCCUAAUCCAGGACCAUCACCUCCAACCCCCGUCAAACCUCCAACCGAGUGUGAUGAUUACUACAGCUGCCCUGAAGGAAGCACGUGCUGCUGUGUAUACCUGUAUGCCAAUUUCUGCUUCGGCUGGGGAUGCUGCCCGUUGGAGUCUGCUACCUGCUGUGAUGACCAAUCAAGCUGCUGCCCGCAUGACUAUCCCAUCUGUGAUCUCAAAGCCGGAACUUGCUUAAUGAGCAAGGACAAUCCGGUGGGAGUAAAAGCAUUGAAACGAGGCUAUUCUAAGCCGAACUGGGUUCUUGUACUUGGUGCAAGGAAGAAUCUGAGUUCUUGA